AUGGCAAGGAAAAUGUUAGUGAUGGAUGAUCCAUUCUUACAAAAUUGUAUAGAGGAUGAAUCUGGUUUAGUAGUUCAAAAUUGGGUUGCGGUCGGACCCGAGGAUGAGGUCGAACCUGGGAAUGAGGUUGGACCCGAGAAUGAGGUCGGACCGGAGAAUGAGGCUGUUGGUUUGGAUGUCAGAGGUUCAGUUGAGGAAGUCGUGGAUGGAGAAGAUGAUGCUUGUGCAGCAGCACUUGAAGCAUUGCUAAAGGAAGUCUUAUUAGGUAGGAAGAGGAAGAAAAUAGGUUCGACUUUUGUUUUUGAUUCACAUAUAUGUGAUGAAGUAUUGGUUAAACGAAAGAGCAAAAAAGUCGAUUGUGGUGUGAAUUUGAAUGUUACGCUGAAUCGAGCUGGUGAAUGGUUAAUUAAGAGAUUGUUCAAUGAUCGAAAAACCAGAGUUCAUGUUUCUCAGAUUUAUAACUGUAUGGCCUGGAAAAGAAAUGGACGAGAGAUGCAAUUCACUCAAAAAGAUUUGCAGGAAGAAGUGGCGAAGCAAAGAAAAGUGAAAUUUCAGGAAGGUGAUACUAAGGCUAUGUUUGAUUACUUUAAGUGGAUGGUAGAUGACAAUGCCAAUUUUUUCCACACCAAUCGUGUGGAUGAGAUGGGUCGCUUACAAGACGUAUUAUGGGUUGAUGCAAGGAGUCGGGUGGCGUUUGAGGAGUUUGGUGAUGUUGUUUGUUUUGACUCUACCUACCUUACUAACGAAUCCCUUUUGUAA